AUGAGUAAUGAUAAUAACGAUCCUCAUAUUGACCGCGAAUUAGAUUUAUCGAACACGGGCAGGGGGGUAUGGCUUGUAAAAGUACCAAAGUAUAUUGCAAAUAAAUGGGAUACAGCUUCAGGCCAUAUCGAAGUAGGGAAACUGAAAAUAACUCGCGUACCUGGACAAAAGGCGCAGGUUCAGCUAACCUUGUCGGAAGCAGUGAUGUGUCUUAAAGAUCCUGGUGAGCAGAGUAUACCAAAAGAACAUCAUCUGGAUGUGUCCAACGUAACAAGACAAACAUUGGGUGUAUUUUCUCAUGUUGUACCCACAAUUGCAGAUGCUGUUAUGCCUGAAUCAGACAAGCUUUAUAUGGAAGGUCGUAAUGUACAAAAACUGGAAUGUAAACCAAAUGCCGAUUCCACUUAUUAUAAAUUAAAAUAUGAAUCUAUUAAAAAAGCUUCAAUGACUCAACGUAAAGUUCAGCAAUUGGCCAAAGUUGUACCUAAGUUUAAGCCCAUCUCAGUUCAUAGACAUGAUAUUGAAUAUAGUUUAAAGAAAAAGGCUGAAGGCAAGAAAAUGAGAGACAACAAAGAUGUAGUACUCAACAUGUUGUUUGCUGCAUUUGAAAAAUAUCAGUACUAUAAUAUUAAAGAUUUGCAUCGGAUAACAAAGCAGCCUAUGGAAUACUUGAAGGAAAUACUGAAAGAAGUCUGCAAUUAUAAUACGAAAAAUCCACAUAAGAAUAUGUGGGAGUUGAAGCCAGAAUACAGACAUUACAAACAAGAAGUCUCUGUUGAAAAGAACAAUAAGAAUAACUCAGAUAGUAAUUGAACAAAAGUGACUUAUUUGUUUUGUUUUACAAAAAAAAAAAAGCUAAUUCUAUCGUAACAAAAUUGGUGUGGGACUAAGUAGGAAGUAAAAUCUUGUCGACAAUAAAUGAAAUUAUCGAAAUUGGCUCAGAAUUUGUAAAUGUAUCGUAGGUAUUCACAAUCUAUGGGAUUUAUCUAAUGCGGGGAAUAUUGUAAUAACUUC